ACGGCUAGCCUGUGAAUAAAUUAUGUCUUUUAUUUUAUUUGUUAACUUUACAAUAGCAUAGUAGUGCACUGUUUAGUCGACCUACGCCAAAAUAUCCAACGUUAGUUAUGUAAAUGGUAGAAUACAUGUCUUUCGCCAGUAUCUAAGGAUAGUAUACUUUACAGUAAUAAUUCCUCUGCAGCUAGCCUGUUAGCUUAGCUAAGUUACAAGUAACUUUGUUUCAGGCUACUUUAAGGGAUCAUCGUCAAACUUGCAGACGUCAGGAGAGGGAGUGUUGUACGCGCGUACUCCUUUACUGCGCCACUUUAAGUGAAAUGGGAAGCCUUGAAACCUCCAUGUUUGUAUCUUGAAAUUGCGAGCGGAGUUGAGCACCAUAUUGAAUCAAAGUUGCCAUCUCCUUGACAAAUGUUUUGUAACUUUCAGACUUCAAACUGUAGCGCGUGUCUGAGCGGACAACAUCCGAAGUGUAAUGGACGUGCUGUAGGCGACUUGUUGCGAUGUUUGCCGGGGCGCCUCAGCUUCGUUUUCGUACAUGUUAAGUAGUUGAUUUAAUGCAGCAGUGCCGAGUCAAUACAAUCUCUAACUUUAAAGUUUGAGGUCAGCACUCUGGACCAGACCUGGAUGUGAUGGACAAUCCGUCCUCAAUUAUCACCCAAGUCAGCCGGGAUGAAGAGGGAAAUAAAGCCUCAGGAGAGAGGGGGUCUUCACCCUCUCUAUCCUCCAAGAAGCCCAGGAGCAGAGGCCUCUUCUCCAGCCUUUUCUGCUGCCUGUGUCGGGACCAGCCCGAACCCCAGCCAGUCAACAACAACGCCCCUCUGCUGGUCGAAGAGAACGGGACCGUCUCCAAGGUGAAGCCACUGCUUCCUCCGGUGAAGUCAAAAGACUCCGGAAAGAUCUGUGUGGUGAUAGAUCUUGAUGAGACGUUAGUUCACAGCUCUUUUAAGCCUGUGAACAAUGCCGAUUUCAUCAUUCCUGUUGAGAUAGAUGGAACAGUACACCAGGUGUAUGUCCUGAAGCGACCACAUGUCGAUGAGUUCCUGAAGAGAAUGGGAGAACUGUUUGAGUGUGUCCUGUUCACUGCCAGUUUAGCCAAGUAUGCAGACCCUGUCUCAGACCUACUGGACAAGUGGGGAGCUUUCCGCUGCCGCCUGUUCCGGGAGUCCUGCGUCUUCCACCGAGGUAAUUACGUCAAAGACCUGAGUCGCCUGGGUCGUGACCUAAACAAGGUCAUCAUCGUGGACAACUCCCCUGCCUCCUAUGUCUUCCACCCCGACAACGCAGUGCCUGUAGCCUCGUGGUUUGACGACAUGGCCGACACUGAGCUGCUUGACCUCAUCCCCUUCUUCGAGAGGCUGAGCAAAGUGGAUAAUAUCUACACAGUCCUCAAGCAGCAAGGGACUGCAAGCUAACAGUGUUCGACUUCUCAUCUCAGCUCUAAACAAAACGGCAUACAGAACAGAAAUACACAUACCAGCGAGGCUCCAGCACCAGCGAUCACUGCCCACCAGAACACAGACUUCAUGGCUGACAGAGCCAUCACCUUUUCAGUAUCAAACCGAGAAUACAUUUCUGAGUCUUCAGUGACUCUGACGGCGUUAUCACUGCCACUUCCUGGUCAAACAAAAAACUGACUGAAAUUUGCCUUGUAACUUUCGCCCUACUAUGCCUACCAUGAACCAGCUGAUGUGAGUGGAUGGAUGGAUGGAUGGAUGUUCAAGGACAUUUCUGCGGUGUCACUGAACUUGCAGUAGAGUUAACAAAGCACAGGUCUGUAGCCAUGAAUCCUCUGGUUACAGACUGGGUACUGGACAUAGACUUCUCAUGGAUUCAGCAGGCCAAUCCUGCAAAAGAUGCAGGAUUUGCUAAGCAGCAAUAAAGUGGAAAGGAAUUUAUGGAAAGGUUUAUGUGCAAAUAAACUUGAUCAGCCUUUUCAUCAAAAGAGCAGAUGGUGUAUACGUACUGUAGAUGUCUUUUAAACGUUUUGGUAUAGCAUUAACCUCCUUGAGUCAAUUAUCCCACUAUUUGUCUGCAGUCAAAAGCAUGUGAUCCUCGUGGGUCAUUUUACAGUUUUUAGAACUAGAGUUAUGGAUGAAUCUGAUUUUAAAAAAGUGUCUUCUUUUAAAACCAAGUUGGGUUUUAAUGUCAAAUAUAAUCUGGAGUAAAGUAGGAAAACAGGAAGCAAUACAAUUUUUUGAUCCAUGGGAACAUAAAUGAGCUCCAUUAUAAUCCAUUAAACAUUUUUUCAGUGAAAAUUGGUUUAAACCAAAAACAGUGAGCCCCACUCAAUAAGUCAAGUGUCGGCACUGAAACAUACGUUGACAGCAGUAUUUUUUCUAAAAACCUGACACUAAUAUGAAUGUCACACCAUCUGCACGUGACAGUGAAAGAGCAGCUGCUAUGUUUAUUGGAUAUGGAUUUCCAAAGGUGGUUUGAGGAUUGAUGGACAGCCAAAAUGCAAUCUACACCUGUGUGUCAACACAUGCCAUGAACAGUUGACUCCAGAGACAAGAGGACCAGGAUCCUUAUCACCUGGAAAUCGGUAAUUGUUAAUGUUGCAUCAAAACAGUGCCUUCGUUGAUGUCUGAUCAGUUCAGUUCCUUGUUUUAAAGCCACACAAAACUUGAAUCUCUCACACAGUACAGACUGUAUUUGAAUGUUAAAAGAAAGUUGAAUGAUGCAUAAAAAGUUAGUUUGGCUUGUUUGGUUCUUAUAAGCUUCAAAGUGCAUCGUUUCUUUUUUUUUCCCUAAGCGGUACACAUAGGCUGGAAACAAUUUCAGGACUUUGUAAUAAAAUGUGUGUUGAGCGGGGGCGAGCUGCCAUUAGAACUCAAGGUGGUGCGAGAUUCUGUGUCUCGUGAGCAGGCACACCUUUGAAGACAAAAACUGGUUUAUUUCAGUCCAGGAGAAAUCAACACUGAAACACUGUUAAUAAACAGCUAUUGGUGAUAUAUCUUGCAUCUCUGGGUCCUUUCCAUAAUUUGGCUGGAUGGUUUUAUUCUGUUGAUUUGACAUGACAUAAUGUUGAUCAUUCCAGUGCAGCUAUGAUGGAGUUCAAUAGGUCUAAAUGUCAGAUUCUGUUUUUUUCUUUGAGAAAUAAGUCCCAGAAGAGGCAGAGAUAGUCACAGUAGCAGAAAAUGCUCAUCAUUCAUUCAAAGUGAAAAUGAUGUGCAGUGGUGUGAGAUGAACUGAGGGUAAAACUUUCCUUUUUAAAAUCCCAUUGACCACAUGGGGUCUUAAUCAUUGAGUCUGUUGCUUUUUUUAGCUCGACACAGUGAUGCUGCUCUGUUUCUCGAGCGACUCAAACCUCUGGUCACUUUUAAGGAACAGUGUGGCCUCUUGCAGGCCUUUCAGACUCUUGUUAUCUCCCUCAUAUGCGUUGACAAUACCACGUGUUGACACUGAUGAAUGAAACAGUGGAUUCGACUAAGAGCCUCCAUAGCAGGCUUGUGAUGCUACCUAGAUGGGGCAGGGAUGACAAUUAAAUCCACCACAUUAAGAGCUAUAACAUUAUUUUUCGAUGUUUAACAGAUUCUUGUCAAUCAAAUUAGCCUGUUUCUUUACUAAAUAAUUACUGAUUUUUUUUUUUUCUUUUUGUUUUGCCAAGGAGUGGUCCUCUGAUACAAUGUUUGUGGUUUGUUUUUGCAGUUUUCAUGCAAGACCUGGUUGUUACCUCAUAUAUUAAUAGGUAAUAUAUGCAUCAAAAAAACACCAGCAAAUGACUAAAAGUAUAGUAACUUACUGUUGUAGGCACAUAACAGGGUAAUUAUUUUGAUGUGUAAGCCAUCAUCACAUGUCUCAAUUAGGUUAAAUGCUGAUAACUGUUUUUGUUUUUGAAAAUUAAUUGGCAAAGAGCAUUAUUUAUAGGAAUGUUCAUUCAUUUAAUUACAUAUAAAACAAGUGUUGUGUCACUACGGGGGCCCAUUCACUGAUACUGUACUUCUUACACAUUCAGUAGGUAUGUAUAUUUUGUUUUGCACAGCAAUAAAGCAAACAAAUUUUCAUUAA